AUGGCUCCGACCCCAAAUGCAGAGUUGGAGGAUCAAAUUUUAGGGAAAAUAGCCACCCUCUUCGAGGAGACACUGAGUCAGAAACCACCGUCCAGUAUAGUCGAGUUAUGGAAGGAACACGUGGAAAUAAAAAGAAUACUGAAAGAUGUUACAAGUAUUCAGGCGAAACUCAGUGAUACCGAUGAAAGAUUGGCGAACUCGAAAAGAGACGCCGAGUCAAUAAAAAAGUUCCUAACUUGGGCCGAUGGUGUCGGUAUUGCGAGGAACAACGUCACGAUAGUUAGUACAAAAACUUGUGGUUUUUCAUUACAAGCUACAGGACCGAUUCCAAAUGCACACAUUGUGGCUCGUGUUCCACGUCAUGCAAUGAUUACCCUCGAUCUUGCCAAAAAAUCAUCGCUUCUUAAAAAAGCAUUCGAACGAGAUCCAAUUGUAUCUGGAAUGGAAAAUGUUGGCCUCGCUCUUUUCUUGGCAACUCAAUGGCUGCUGAAUGAGAAAUCGAAGUGGUUACCGUAUAUUUCAAUCCUCCCCAAUUCGUUCCCAACACCGCUUUUCUACACAGACGAGCAACUUCUUCAAUUGAAACCGUCCCCAAUAUUUGAAGAGGCGUUGCUGUUCUACCGAACUAUAUCAAGACAAUUCUGCUAUUUUUUGAUGGCAGUAGCAAAAAAUAAGAUUUAUGAGUCAGCACAAAGAAGAAAAGAUGCGAGGAACACAAUGGAAACUCCUCUUUUCUACAAUGCCCCGUUCACUGUUGCUAAUUUGACUCCCGGAUUAUACUUCUGGGCUGUCGGAGUAGUAACGACAAGAGUGAAUAUGGUUCCCAGUGAACAUUCAACAGAUAAAGAUGAAAAACCUAAUCUUAUUGCUGCACUUAUUCCAUUCCUCGAUAUGGCCAAUCACGAAAAUGUUGUUACGGAAGAUCCCGUUGAAGAUCUUGUAUGUUACUCACCGGCUGAAGAAUGCGCUGUUAUUACCAGCCAUUGUGACUUGGAAGCUGGAAAUCAAGUGACAAUCUUCUACGGAUGCCGGAGCAGAGGAGAGCAUUUACUUCACAACGGAUUUGUUCCAAUUCAUCAUCAACGUCAAGACGUCUUGAAACUGAAGAUCGGAAUCCCAAAGACUGACAAAACAUUGGACUCGAAAACUAAGCUUAUCGAGAAGUAUGUCCAAAAUGUUCAAUGCAAUGGUAAUAUAUUCCAAGUAGAUCUAUACAAUUACCCAGAACAGCCAUUCCCUCUUGAUCUUCUCAUGUUUGCCGCAAUAUUUGUCUGUCCGGAGCCAACAGACGCAGCUAUAGCAAAACCUGAUAUACGGAAGAAGGGUCUCGAAUUCUUAAAGACACGAUUCUCGCUUUUGAAGAAAUCAUACGAUUCAUCAUUUUAUGCUUCGAAACUCACUGACGUUGGAAUUGACGGAGACGCCGCUCGUCUAAAAGCUUCUGAAUCGGAGAUUCUUCAGCUGGCGCUUUCUUACUGCGAAACUCUGAAAAAAUCACAGGAAUGA